AUGCUCACACGAACACCAACCGCCCCCCUCCCCGGACGAGGCUGCAAUACCUUCUCGCCGUUUGAAGAAGACGCGGAAGAAGCCGGCGGGGGCCUGGACGGCGGGCAAGGGAAGAGGAAGAGGCUGUUCUCCAAAGAACUAAGAUGCAUGAUGUAUGGAUUCGGGGAUGACCAGAACCCUUACACAGAAUCAGUGGACAUUCUUGAGGACCUGGUAAUAGAGUUUAUCACAGAAAUGACACACAAGGCAAUGUCGAUUGGGCGGCAGGGCCGUGUACAGGUUGAAGACAUUGUCUUUCUAAUCCGCAAGGACCCCCGGAAGUUUGCCAGAGUUAAAGACCUCCUGACUAUGAAUGAAGAACUGAAACGAGCCAGAAAGGCCUUUGAUGAAGCAAACUACGGAUCUUGAUUCUGCACGGAGGCUGCACUGAGGCAUUACUUGGGCACCUGCUGCCCAGAAGGAAGGAAUGUCAUGGGUGUUGUCUGGAGGGGUUAUUCAGGAUGGAGGUCACUGCUGGGAUGUCUGCCCUCGCUCACAGCCUUUUCUGAAAAGUAUUCAAGCAGCUGAAUGUUAUCCGAUUGUAUGCGGUAUACUUACAUAUUUUUAUACCAUUUUAUGAAAUGAGAAGAAGCUCUAAAGAUUCUUGUAAUGGCAGGAAGUCUGUUUGAAGUAGGACUGUGCUGAAUCAGAUAUCUAGAGGGCUAAUGAUGGGUCAUUCUCUACAACUAUUUCAAUUAUCACUGGGUAUUCCAGUGACAGGAAACCUAGAAAAUGGAUCUUGGUUAACUGGACAGAACUAUACAAGUUCUGCUCUUUGCUCUUUAUAUGCUCUUUGAAUAAAACAUUUUAAGUUUCUGCCCACUCCUCAUAAUUAAACUUACAUUGAUCAAUUCACACAAGGUACAUAAUCCAGGGUUUUUAGCACUUAGUUGGCUAGGAAGGUUAUUUUUUCUUCUGUCCCAAGGGGUAGAGCUCUUUUGUUUUUUACCAGUAUUAAGCCUAGGAAAUUGAAGAUAACCUAUUCCAGAUUUACUUGCACUUACAGCCUUUCCUUACCCCUGUUAGGCAGGUGCUGUACAAUAAAGCAGAUUCCUGGUUUUCAUUC